AUGAUUCGAGACGCAAAUUACGCUCGGGAAGGGAGUGGCGUGUGCGGGUUAUUCGGGAAAGUCUCCGAGCGCGUCGACUUGGCUGUUCCGCGGGACUUGCCACAACCAGUGGUUGUGGACGUGACCCGGAGCCGCUGGCGCUGCCGCCUCUUCAUUAGCUUCCUUCUCGCGCUGCUCGCUGUGCGCGCAGCUGUGCAGCUGUGGCCGCGCCACGCGGAGCAAGGCGAUGAUAGGCGGGACAGCCAGCCGCCCGUCGCGGGUCUCGAGGAGAUGAAACUCGCCGGCAGCGGCGGUGACGGGCUCCCAAGUUUCUCUCCUUGGCCUCCCGCCGCCACUCCCCCGGCCUCGCCUCCCCCUCUGUCCCCGAAAAGAGCAGACUCGUUUCAAGUGGAUUCCCGGCCGUUGAGAGCACCAUCACCACAGCCGGCGGUGACUGAGUCACAACAAGUCUCGCCAGAUAUGAUAUCACCGCUACAGCUUGUAGCAACCCCGGGAUCGCGACAACUGCUUGAAAAGCCCAAGCUACAAUUUCAGCCGUUAGAUUCAACUGGUUCUGGAACGCAAGCAUCCGAUCAGCCGUUGAAACCGAUCACUCAACCGCAACCGUUGAUUACGUCUGCCAGAGGCACGUCAGAGAAUGUAACUGCGGGUAUGCUGGAUGCUGACGUGGCAAUUGAGCUGUACAGUGCUGCGGUGGGUUCUAGUAUGGCAUCUAAUGGCGGUGACGUGUCUCCACCAGUCGUAUGGGUUCCCUGGAAUCCGGAUUCUCCCCUUUGCUGGACGUCCACGUCAGAAAACCCGUCAUCCCCGUUACUAUCAGCAAUAGGACCCGCUAUUGGGCUCGGGGGGCUGUUUGUAUACGGCAGCGGCUGUUCAACCUGCACUGUAGGCCAGACCUGCACGUUCUUCAUAAGCGUCGAGUCGUCAGGCGCCACGUCACGUGGACACUCCCUCCCGUUUUCGAGAACAACACCACCGCCACCACCAGCACCAGCAGCAGCAGCAGCACCAGCAGCAGCACCAGCAGCACCAGCAGCAGCAGCAGCAGCAGCAGCAGCAGCAGCAGCAGCAGCAGCAGCAGCAGCAGCAGCAGCAGCAGCAGCAGCAGCAGCAGCAGCAGCAGCAGCAGCAGCAGCAGCAGCAGCAGCAGCAGCAGCAGCAGCAGCAGCAGCAGCAGCAGCAGCAGCAGCAGCAGCAGCAGCAGCAGCAGCAGCAGCAGCAGCAGCAGCAGCAGCAGCAGCAGCAGCAGCAGCAGCAGCAGCAGCAGCAGCAGCAGCAGCAGCAGCAGCAGCAGCAGCAGCAGCAGCAGCACAUCACCACCCAGCUAUCCCUCAAACUCAUCUGGCCUCCCUCCAUGCAGGAUGCUCCAACCUUCUGCUUGCACCCCACUCACCCCCCUCCUCCUCCUCCUCCUCCUCCUCCUCCCCCUCGCCUUCUUCCAACAACGCACCAAGCGGCGCCAAUGAGGUGGCAGCAUGGACCAUCACGGUCCUACCAUCCCGCACAACCCCUCCCAGCGCACCACCUACCUCUCAAAACGAAGCAGCAUCCAGUAGCAAGGUUUUUACCCACCGGCUUUUGCGCGUAGCCACAGCAGAGCUGCCACGUGUCGCAGAAGCGAAAGCAGAGGAGUCUGAGAGCGAGAGAAGAAGAGAAGUGAGAGAUGAAGAGGGCGAGACGCAGCUGACUGGUAGAGACAGCGAGCAGGAGAGAGAGGCGGAGAGGAGCAGUGGUCAGUGCAGAGGUGCCAGUGACAGUGGCACCAGGGGCAGCAAGCGCAGCAUGAGCAGCAAGAGCAGCAUGAGCGACAUGGGCGGCAAGAGCAGCACGGGCAACAGCACGUGGAAGUGGGUACCCUUCCCGUGUGCCCCGCCAGAGACUCCAGUGGGUGAGUGGAUCUCGUCCCUCACCCGGUGCGGUAUCCGGGAGAUCUCGAUCGCGGGGGACUCGCACCACCGCAUGCUUGCGACGCACCUCUUCUACUUGCUGACGGGCGAGGCGGAGCUGCGGCACUGGAUCGGCAAGCACGACCUGGCGUUUGUGGCGCGCAACGAGAGGAACGAGACGCUAAGGAUCAACUACUACUGGGUGGAUGGGAUCUACCGCAACGACGAGUUCGGAUGCACCAGUUUCAGCUUGGACGUUACUCCCCUUCAACCCCCUUCCAACGGCUCCUUUGGGGGACUGGUGGGAGCAGAGAAGCAGUUUCUGCUCCCCUUCAACCCCCUUCCCCUUGCUUCUCUGCUCCCACCAGUCCCCCAAAGGAGCCGUGCCGAGGUGCUUAUUCGCAUCACUACGACCUGCAGCAUUGCGAGCCGCUUCUACGAAGGCCCCGCCACCAACCUCUUUCUCUCCGCUGCUAACCGCCUGACCAAACACCUGGUCGACCAGAUCAACGCAGGCAGCAACGCUGUGCCUGCUGCUGGUCCUGGUACAGCUGACGGUUUUGUCCCCCGUAUAGAGUUUUUCAACAGCUGGCAAGUGGAGGCGCCGCGGUUUAUGGAUGUGUGCCCGCACGACCAUCACUACCACUGCUACGGGUUGGUCAGGCGGGGGAAGGUGGUGAUGAGAGGUGGCGUGGGGGAGGCUGUUGUGAGGUCCUUGAUUCAUUACAUAGAGCAUGGGGGAAAGGAAAGGCACUGA